UAUAAAAAAUAAAUAAAUAAUAAUAAUAAUAAUAAUAAUUUAGUUUUAUCUGACAAAAGGCACUUUCCAGUUUCUUAAUGCAUGGCUGCAAUUAUCUGAAUAAACCACAACAUAUGAGACUGUCAGAAAGACAUUUGGCUAUAAUAAGUUGUUUUCGCUUGGAGGAAACAAAAACAAGUUUGUUAAAUAAUAGUAGAAAGUAUUGUACAUUAUUACUGAUAAAGGUGAUUCAGCAAGCUAACUAAGCAAAGAUAGAAAGUUAUAAACUAUAACAUGAUACUUUAGGAAAAUAAUACAUUUAAGUGGAAAUUUUUACCUUGUAGAAUUGUAUAAAUCUAGAAAUUGUAUAAUCUUUUCUUUCUUGUUUCAUAAUCCGCUGAGAAACUAUUCUGGAGAGAGCCUGAGGUUUCCUAUAUAACCACACCAUACAGCCAUAUGACAUUUACAGUAUGUCACUGAACAAUAUUAUAAUUAUAGCCCAUGAUGGGACUGCUCAGUGGUUAGCAGUGGUCAAGUGAGUGUAAACUAAAACAUGUAGGCGUGCAGAUGCUUCCACAAACCAGGAGAUGGAGGCUGAAUUUAUCAGCAAGAGAUUUUAGAACCAAAUCUGGCCAAUACUUUAAAUACUGACCCCAUUAUUUAUAUUUUAAAUUUUAUGAGCUUGCUUUUAAGAGUCUUGGAGCGACUGCUAAAAUUACUGGUCACAUGACUGGGCAAUGCUGUAAAUUAAAAGUACAACCUGAAAUCUGCCUAAUUCAGCACCACGGUCAGCUUAUGGUGCAGCUGAAGGGAUCCUCCAAAAUCCAGCUUUCUAUCUGCAUUUAUCUACAGAAUAUUUUAAGUAUUUUUAUUGCUUUAAGUUUGCGUUGAGUGACUGAAAACAGAAAAUAAAGCCAUUCAUAAAAAUAAAUAUUAAUAAAGAUGAGUUCUGUUGCAAAAAUAAAUCAAUUGCAAUUGUAAGGCUAAUUUCAUGUAACAAAUAAACAAUACUGGUAAAUACCUAACUUUUUUUGUUAUUGAUCAAGAAUACCUUUAAUUAUUUAACAGUCAAAUAUAUUUGUGCUGACAUGUAAUUCAUUAGCUUUAAUUAAAUUAAGGCUAACAUUUAGAGAAAACCAUGUCUAUAUUUAGCUUGUCCAAAUAGAGACAUGAAGAUCCCUAUGAAAGGCUGACCCAAAACAAUACAUAUUCUAAUUUGUUGAUUUCUUCUUGGCAAGUUUGGCUCUGAAGAAAACAAAUAUGCUUGGAAAUCAGAUUUUAUUCUAUUUUAUGUUAAUCUAAACCACAAAACUUACUCAAGCUUCAGAAAUGUAUCAACAAAACGCUCUUUACCUGUUACAACUCAACUGACUUUCUCAAAAUCACGUCUAUUCUUCACUUGCUAAGCUAAUUCUGUCAGUUAACAAAAUAAAAGCUGCGUCAGAUGCAAAGGGCUUUUAUUUUGAACGGCUCGUUGUGGAGUUCCGGAUGUACUGUUGCUAGCUUCUAGCUUCCCCUCUAGUCACUGGGAUAUUCUGGGGACUGCCAUGUUGCCAGUUGUGGUGGUCCAUGGGGGGGCGGGUCACAUCCCCAAAGAGCGCUCGGACCUGUCCACCUCAGGAGUGUGCUCUGCAGUGAGGUCAGCGUAUGCAGUCCUGCAGGGAGGGGGCAGCAGUAUGGAUGCUGUGGUGGAGGCUGCUAUGCUACUGGAGAAUAAUCCAUCUUUCAAUGCAGGAUGUGGCUCAGUGCUGAACCUGAAGGGGGAGGUGGAGAUGGAUGCCCUCGUGAUGGAUGGGAAAACGCUGAGCAGCGGCGCCGUGUCUGCCAUCCGCAACAUAGCUAACCCAGUCCAGCUGGCCAGACUUGUCAUGGACAAGACCAGCCAUGCCUGUCUAACGGCGGAGGGUGCCAGUCAGUUUGCUCGCUCUAUGGGCGUUCCCGAGGUUCCUCAGGAGUCCCUCAUCACGGAGUAUUCCCGCAUGCGCUGGAAAAAAAACCUGGCCCCAGACGCCAACCCUGUGGAGUGCCAAAUGGGGAAGAUGGGGACGGUUGGAGCGGUGGCAGUCGACACCGACGGCAACGUAGCGUGUGCGACUUCCACCGGAGGAAUGCUGAACAAGAUGGAAGGCCGAGUGGGCGACACCCCGUGCAUCGGCAGUGGAGGCUAUGCUGACAAUAUGUCAGGAGCCGUGUCGACUACGGGCCACGGAGAGGCCAUCAUGAAGGUCACGCUGGCGAGACACAUCCUGUUCCACAUGGAGCAAGGCCAGUCAGCUGAAGCUGCCAGUGAUCUGGGCCUGGCCCACAUGAAGUCCAGAGUCGGGGGACUUGGAGGGGUCGUGACCGUGGACCCUCAGGGCAACUGGGCCGCUCGCUUCUCCAGCCGCCAAAUGGCGUGGGCCGCGGCGCAGAAAGGCACGCUGCACUACGGUCUGUACACGGGAGAACACUUCACCAAAAUCAUCGAGGAUGCACACUGACACCUGCCCCAGCUUGUGUCAGUAGAGCUAAAAAGUAAGAUAAUACAGCUGAGGGUGGGCUUCAGUUCACCAAAUAAUGAUUGAUUUGGUUUAAUGUUGAUGUUUAAAAUCAAAUAGAAGACAACAAGAGCAACAAAGCUACUUAGUUUAGUCCCAAAAACCAAUCAACUGUGAGCCAAUCCAAAGGAAAACAGGAAAUUUCCAGAAACACUAAUGACACUCAAGUGAUUCUUUGUAUUAGUCAUUUGAAAAGUCAUUUCAGAGUUUCUGCAAAUUGAUCAAAUUCACGUUAGGUACAUAACUCGCUGCUCAGUUUUUAAGUUUCUUAGGAAAACCUUCAGGUUUUACAAUCAUUUGUUAAUUUUUAUUACAAACUACUGGCCAGUUUUAUAAUGAUCUGCACAAAGUGUGUUUUUCUGUCGCUGUUCACAUCACUACUGAUGAAGUGCUGCUCAUCAUUUGCUGAAUGUUGGUGAAGAAAAUCCAAACCGAAAAGGUAUUUUACUGCAAAGCUCACUGCGAAGUGAGUGAUAUUUUUAUCUUAAUUUAGACGAUUAUAGUUUACCACAACUGAGUUUCUCAGAUUGAAGUAUUUAAAAAGAGCCAAUAAAACCAUUUUUGUGAGAUUGUUGGUGGUACAUCUCACCAACAGACUAGUUUUUCUUCUUGGGCUUUUAAUUUACUGCAAAACACAAUAAUCCAAACUAUUGAACAAACACCUGGAAUAUAUUGCGCUGUCUGUAAUUAAUCUUUCUUAUUUGUAAGUUUCACUUUUUGAACUUAAUCACUAAAAUAAAUUAGUUUUCUGUGAUAUUCUGAUUAUUGAGAAGCUCUUAUAAGCCAGCAUGUGUUAACUCAAUCUUUUAUGAACGCCAUUCAUGUAUUAUUGGGAUGAGUAGUGUUAACCUGUCUCAUCCACUAGGUGGUGCUGUUUCCUCACGCAGACAAAAUGCAAAACUUGAGAUUUCCUUUUAUUUUUUAAAUUGAACUGCUUCUAGGCUGUGUAAUGUGUAAUUUAUUGUAAUUUUUAAAAUGUUUAAUAGAGUACUUUAUAAUAUUUACUUUAAUUGUGCAAUACCAGCCUUAGUGUAUUUUGUGUCAUUUUUAAUAAUAAUUGUUAUAAUCUGUUUGAUUUGAUAAAGAAUGUCUCUCACAUAUAUCGAUUUAUUCCUGUGUGCAAUUGUGUUGUACAAUAAAAACAAUGGAGCUCAUGA